UGCAACUCCCGGCAAGUCUUUCAUACGGAGUACGUACACAACAUCAGUACAGUAGAGGUGCCUAUAUGGCUAUAUAUACGUAUAGUCCACCACUGUAAAGGCUUGUACAUACGGAGUACACAACAUCCAGGAAGCAAAGGCUAGACCAAGAACAAAUCCAGUAGCAGCUAGCGGUGUAGACAGAAGAGACGCCAAGAAUGGCUUGUUUCACCAACCAUCUCGUCCUCGUCCUCUCGUCGUCCGCCGCCGUCCUUCUCGCCGUCGUCCUCGGCACCGCGGCCAGCGGCGCCCCGCCGAGCUACUGCGCGGUGGGGAAGGCCAUCCCGCACAGCCCGCUCUCCGGCUGCGCCUGGUACGUGGCGACCCGGAGCUGCGACAUGGCGGUGUCCAUGCUCCCCGUGCUCAAGGAGACUUGCUGCGGCCAGCUGGAGCACAUCCCGGCGGAGUGCCGGUGCCGGGCGCUGCGGGUGAUGAUGGAGGCGCCGCUCGUCGUGGGCGCGGACACGGGCGCCCAGCGGAGGUGCCGCGCCGCGCAGCCCCGCUUCGCCCCCGCCGUGGUCGCCGCCGGCGAGUGCGGACUGCGAACCGUCCACGGCUGGCCCUUCUGCAACGCGCUCGACGCCGAGUGAUGGUUGGUGACUGGUGAUGCAGAUGAUCCACCGUACUACGUACGCCGAGGCGAAUAAGAGAAGAGAGGGGCAUAUAUAUGCUCUGAAAUGCAUGUUCGUUCAUAUCUAGACGGAAUUGAACAUGUAUGCAUGCAUUCCUUGUUUUGUAGUGAUUUUUGUUGGAACUGAUGAAUCCUGCUGAGCGUCUUCGCUGUUAUCUAUUUACUGUUGUUCUGAUGGAAACGUGAUCACAGAUCCAC